AUGAGCGACAGACAAAACAGCAUGAUCUUGUCAUGUGUUUAUUUAUCUUCUGCUUGGUCUGUCAGCAACACCACUCUGUCCCAUCACGCAUGCGGCAACAGACGCAACGUCUUCUUCACUGCCAAUGACUUGCAUGCCAGCGCACUCACAUCACACGCCGUACACCCGCUUGCCAUCUUGUUACAUUUCACUUCCUGUCCCACCACUUCUCCUGCCUCUUUUCUCUCCCGUUUCGCCUCUAGGCUUGCUUUCAGUCGCCUCCUUUGCUCCUCCCCUUUCACUUCAGGCCUCGUUUCUCCCGCUUCCCUCCAUCCUUUCAGCUUCUCCUCACUCUUCUGCCGCUCAGCUUACUCCUUUCUUCUUUCUCUUCUCUUCUUCCCCUCCCACACUGCUAUUGGUUUCCUCUUCAUUUUCUUCUUCUCAUUCACUCCGCUUUAA